AGUACGACACAAGAACUGUUGAACUCACAAGACUGAUACAAAAUCCAGAAAAUGCUGCGAUGCAUUGCUGUUGCCUGCAUUGUGGCCUGCGCAUCUGCAGACUCCUUAGACUACCCCAAAUCUGACUACUACGGGGGAUGUGGACAAUGGGGGUGUGGUUACGGUGUUCAAUCACAGGGUCCCUAUGGGGGAUAUCAAGGACUAGUCAGUACGGGUGGCAAUGGAGUUAGCACUGGUGUCGUUAGAACUGGAGGACUUAACACAGGAUUGUUCGGUCUUGGAGGUGGAUCAGCUGCCGCCAGCGCCGCUGCUGCAGGAAACGCUGCCGCCGCUGCUUCUGCUGCCGCUGCUGGUCAGAAUGCUGCUGCUGCUUCCGCUGCUGCUGCUGGUGGAAACGCCGCUGCAUCCGCUGCCGCUGCUGGUGGUUUAGGAUGGAACGUUGCCCCUAACAACUAUUGGUACCCAGGACAAUACUACAAUCAUUUCCCCGCACAAUACUACACUUACCCCGGACAAUACUACACCUACCCCGGACAGCAGUACAAUUUCCCAGGGUUCAACUAUAACAGCCGAUUCUCUUUCCCCUACUCUGGAUUGAACCUUGGAGGUGGAUCUGCUGCCGCUAGCGCCGCUGCUGCAGGAAUCGGAAAUGCCGCCGCUGCUUCUGCUGCCUCUGCUGGUGGAUUCAAUGGUUUUAAUGACGGGAUCAUCUUCGGUGGAUCUAGACGCAGUUUUGGAAGCAGGAGACUUAGAAAAAAAAUGCUGCGAUUCAUUGCUGUUGCCUGCAUUGUGGCCUGCGCAUUUGCGGACUCCUUAGACUACCCCAAAUCUGACUACUACGGGGGAUGUGGACAAUGGGGGUGUGCUUACGGUGUUCAAUCACAGGGUCCCUAUGGGGGAUAUCAAGGACUAGUCAGUACGGGUGGCAAUGGAGUUAGCACUGGUGUCGUUAGCACUGGAGGUCUUAACACAGGAUUGUUCGGUCUUGGAGGUGGAUCAGCUGCCGCCAGCGCCGCUGCUGCAGGAAACGCCGCCGCUGCUUCUGCUGCCGCUGCUGGUCAGAAUGCUGCUGCUGCAUCCGCUGCCGCUGCUGGCGGAAACGCUGGUGCUUCCGCUGCCGCUGCUGGUGGAUUAGGAUGGAACGUUGACCCUAACAAUUAUUGGUACCCAGGUCAAUACUACAAUCAUUUCCCCUCACAGUAUUACACUUUCCCAGGACAAUACUACACCUACCCCGGACAAUACUACACUUUCCCAGGACAAUACUACACUUACCCCGGACAGCAGUACAAUUUCCCUGGGUUCAACUAUAACAACCGAUUCUCUUUCCCCUACUCUGGAUUGAACCUUGGAGGUGGAUCUGCUGCCGCUAGUGCCGCUGCUGCAGGAAUCGGAAAUGCCGCCGCUGCUUCGGCUGCCUCUGCUGGUGGAUUCAAUGGUUUUAAUGACGGAAUCAUCUUCGGUGGUUCUAGACGCAGUUUUGGCAGCAGGAGACUUAGAAAAGUAUAUUAAAUUGGUUGGAGGGACCCCAUAAUUGUCUGUUACUAAUGUCAUUUGUUUACAUGAAUAAAUUUUAUAUAUUUGUAA